CUGCCUCCCCUCUCUCUCUCUUCAUCAGCCCUGCCUGCCUCUCUCCUGCCUCUCUGCCUCAGCCAACCCGGGCUGUGCCGAGCUGCUCCCUGCGGGAUCAGAGCGCUCCCCCGCCGGGACCCUUCUCUCACAUCCCCCUGCUGGGACGCGGCUACAUUUCCAGCCAAGCACUGCCUGCCUUGGCUUUAUUAUGUGUGUCUGCGCCGCAGCCCCGCCAGCAGAGGCAGGCAGAGGAGGAGGAGGGAGACUGGUAGCCAGAGUCAGGACAAAGAAAAAGCAGGGAGACAGAGGCUAGCGAAGGGUUAGACUGGUAGAAAUAUUAGGCUGCUAUUAAUACCACCGGUAGGGCAUUGGGAAAUAUUAACAAAAAGAAAGCGUGGGUAGUAAAAGCAGUAUUCCCCUCGGGGUGGAGAUGCAGGGGAAGAGCGCAAUGUCCAUGCCACCAGACCACCACCACCACCACUGCCUAGUGUAGAAUAGCGGGACGGAACAUAGAAGGCUGGUCGGUUCGGAUCGGUGCCGCUUUCCAGGAGGGAAAAGGAAAACCAAACAGACUGAAAUAGUUUCGAUAAACUAAAAAAAAGCCCAACGAAGAAGCCAGGAGCGCGAGGGAAGAAACCACGUUUCAUUUCGAAAGCAAUUUCCCAAAACAUUCUCCGUCGCCUCUCCUCACCUGGACCGUCACGUACCGCUGUGGCACCGCCACCUCGCAUUCGGACGGUGCCGCUGUCACUUUUACUUAAUACCGCGCGGGACCUGCUCAGGUGUUUGCCGCGCGCGUGGCUGGCAGCUCGCGCUCCGCUCCGCCAGUGCUGGAAGAAGUCGGAGCUGCACGAGCGCCCAGGCUGCACGGGAGAAGCAGAACGCGUGCAGGGGGAAAGAGAAGAAACAUAAAAAGCGAAGCUGUUGGCGUCGCGGCACGCUGUAACGAAGAAGAAGGGAACACCAACGGGAAGUUGUUUCCGUUUAUUCUACAGGUUGUGCUAGCCAAAGCGUCCAGCGAAGAAGAAAACGCACCAGAAGAGCCGAGUUGUCGCCUCCGAGCCGCUUCACUCCCGGUGUGUUUGGUUUGUUGUCGUUGGACUAACGGCCGUUUCCCCACUCAGAGACUCAAGCUGCCGCAUUGCAACAGGCGAAGAAGCAGCAGCGAAGUGGAGGAGGAGGAAAGAUAACCCGACUGUGUUCGCUUGUAUGGUUAGCCGAAAAUACGGAACGGAACAAAACAAUUAGAGAAUAAAAAUUUAAAAAGCAGUUCGAGACCAGAGAUGUCUAGACGAAAACAGGCCAAACCGCGCUCCGUUAAAGCGGUAGAAGAAGGGGAGUCUUCAGAGUGUGGAGGCACCUGGGAUGAAUCAACUGUCCAGACAGAAGUCCCAGCAUCUGAUAGAGAGGCAGACCCCAAAGACGGUCAGGGGACAGGAGCUGAAGAUGGAGAACAAGAGGAGCAUGAUGACCGUGACGAACGAGAUCAUGAUGAUGACCUAGAUGAUGAGUCUAUCUUCACCUGUGACAACUGUCAGCAGGACUUUGACUGUCUGGCCGAGCUGACUGAGCACAGAACCAACCACUGCCCAGCUGAUGGUGAUGACGACCCAGCGGGGCUGUCCUGGGUGCCUUCCUCACCCUCCAGUAAAGACGUGGCAUCCCCCUCACAGAUGCCCGAUGGCUGCUGUGACCUCGGCAUGGCCACCGGCGGCGAGGAGGAAGGAGGCGCGGGUCUGCCGUACCCCUGCCAGUUCUGUGACAAGUCCUUCAGCCGCCUGAGCUACCUGAAGCGCCAUGAGCAGAUCCACAGCGAUAAGCUGCCUUUCAAGUGCACCUUCUGCAGCCGUCUGUUUAAACACAAGAGGAGCAGAGACCGUCAUGUCAAACUCCACACAGGAGACAAAAAGUAUAGUUGUCAGGAGUGUGAAGCUGCAUUCUCUCGCUCUGAUCACCUGAAGAUCCAUCUCAAGACACACAGCUCCAGCAAGCCGUUUAAGUGCAGUGUGUGUAAGCGUGGCUUCUCCUCCACCUCAUCACUGCAGAGCCACAUGCAGGCUCACCGCAAGAACAGAGAGCAUCUUGCACUGAGGAGUGAGAGGGACGGAGGGAAGAAGGGAGGAGGAGGAGAUGGUGACCUGGAGCAGGACCUUUAUAUGUGUGAUUAUUGUGAGGAGACGUUCAGCCAGACUGACGAGCUAGAGAAACACGUCCUGACCAGACACCCCCAGCUGUCUGACAGAGCCGACUUGCAAUGCAUCCACUGUCCUGAGAUCUUUCUAGACGAGGCUUCUCUUCUCACACAUAUUGAAACACAGCAUGCCAACCGCAAACACAAAUGUCCUGUCUGUUCAGAACAGUUCCCUUCUGUGGAAGAUGUCUACUGCCACCUAGACAGCCAUCGCCAGCCUGACUCAUCCAAUCACAGUGCCGCCAGUCCUGACCCUGCACUGGGCAGUGUGGCCUCAAUGAGCUCUGCCACUCCAGACUCCAGUGCUAGCCUGGAGAGAGGCUCCACACCUGACUCUACACUAAAACCCAGCCAGGGCAGUGAACGAGGCCGCAGAAGAGGCAACGACACUGGGGAAGAGAUUGGGAUAAGCCUGGGUCAUCAAGGUGGAGGUGGAGGAGGGAAUUGGGGUAAAGUGACAUACUCUUGCCCCUACUGCUCAAAGAGAGACUUCCACAGUCUGGCAGUGUUGGAGAUCCAUUUGAAGACCAUCCAUGCAGAUAAGCCACAGCAGAGCCAUACGUGUCAACUCUGUUUGGACACUCUGCCAACACUCUACAAUCUCAAUGAACACGUGCGCAAAGCCCACCGUGCCAGUGGAGGAACUGUAGGCACCACAGCAGCAGCUUUUCCUCUGCUGCAGUUCACUAAUGUCACAGCAUUCCACUGCAACUACUGUCCGGACAUGUUCGGAGACAUCAACUCUCUGCAAGAACACAUCAGAGUGUCCCACUGCCUCCCUGGUGGGAUUGUGGCUGGAUCCACCACAUUAGAGGGGAAUCAUGCAUUCUUCUGCAACCAGUGCUCUAUGGGAUUUCUGACAGAGUCUUCGCUGACAGAACACAUCCAGCAGACACACUGCACCUCAGCUGCAGGAGGCGGAGCUGCGUCUGGAGGAGCGGUGGCCAAACUUGAAUCUCCUGUACUACAGGCUGCAUCUCAGUCCUUCAUGGAGGUUUACUCCUGCCCUUACUGCACCAAUUCUCCUAUCUUCGGCUCACUCCUCAAGCUCACCAAGCACAUAAAGGAGAACCACAAGAACAUCCCAUUGGCUAACAACAAACGGCAGGCGAAGGUCGCAGACUUAAGCCCAGCCUCCUCUGACGUCGAGAUCUCCUCUCCGAAACGCCACAGACUUGGAGGGGAUUCCACCCCCUCCAUGGGGAGCAAUGGGGACUACCCAUGUAACCAGUGUGACCUGCGAUUUGCCAGCUUUGAGGGUUUCCAGGCCCACCUUAAGUCACAUCUGGAGAUGCUUCUGAGGCGCCAGUCCUGCCCCCAGUGCAACAAGGAGGACUUUGAAUCCCAGGAGGCAUUGCUUCAGCACCUGACAGUGCACUACACCACCACGUCAACCCAGUAUGUGUGUGAGAGCUGCGAUAAACAGUUCUCCUCUGUGGAUGACCUGCAGAAACACCUGCUGGACAUGCACACAUUUGUCCUGUACCACUGCACUCUCUGCCAGGAGGUCUUUGACUCAAAGGUCUCCAUACAGGUGCAUUUGGCAGUGAAGCAUAGCAAUGAGAAGAAGCUGUUUCGCUGUACGGCCUGUGCCUGGGACUUCAGGAAGGAGGCGGAUCUUCAGCUCCAUGUUAAGCAUAACCAUCUGGGCCAAAGGUCAGGCCUCCCAGGGGGGCUCGGAGCAGGACUCAAGCCCCGAAAGUGCAUCUUCUGUGGGGAGACGUUUGGAACAGAGGUAGAGCUCCAGUGUCACAUCACCACACACAGCAAGAAGUUCACAUGUCGCUUCUGUGGCAAAGCUUUCCACGCCAUCUCACUGCUAGAAAGACACCUGAGGGAGAAGCACUGCAUCUUCGACGGUGGCAACAUCACCGGCAAUGGUGGUGGCACAGGGAGCAGUGGCAGCCAAAAUGGGACACCCAAUGGGCUGGCACAGUCCUCCAAGCGGGGAGGAGGAAGUGGUGGCAGUGGAGGUGCAGGAAGUGUUGAGAGAGCAACAGUGGUGGCUGCUGAACAAGCCGACCUGCAGAACAUGUUGCUCAAGGGUGGAGUUGUGGGAGGAGGAACAGGGCAGGGGGCAGAUGCAGCUAAUAGCCAUGAGGCGAGUGGGGGUGAGGAGGAGCUGGACAAUUCAGAGCCCAUGUAUGCCUGUGAUAUCUGCGGAGCAGCCUACACCAUGGAGUCCCUUCUGCAGAACCACCGGCUGCGUGACCACAACAUCCGACCAGGAGAGGAUGACGCCGGUUCUCGAAAGAAGAAGGCAGACUUCAUCAAAGGCAACCACAAGUGCAACGUGUGUUCCAGAACUUUCUUCUCUGAGAAUGGGCUUCGUGAGCACGCUCAGACACACCGCGGUCCUGCAAAACACUACAUGUGUCCGAUAUGUGGCGAGCGUUUCCCUUCUCUGCUAACCCUCACUGAACACAAGGUGACCCACAGUAAGAGCCUGGACACAGGAACCUGUCGAAUCUGCAAGAUGCCCCUGCAGAGUGAGGAGGAGUUUAUAGAGCAUUGCCAGAUGCACCCUGACCUCCGAAACUCCCUUACCGGCUUCCGCUGUGUCGUCUGCAUGCAGACCGUCACCUCUACCCUGGAGCUGAAGAUCCACGGCACCUUCCACAUGCAGAAGCUUUCCAGUGGUUCUGCGCUUGGAGGAGUUGGAGGAGGAGGUGGGAAUGGAGGAGCAGGUGGAGGGAACGGCUCAGCCUCUUCAUCCCCUAAUGGGCAGCUGCAGCACAAGCUGUAUAAAUGCGCCUUCUGCCUAAAGGAGUUCAAGAACAAAGGGGAGCUGGUGAAGCUGGAUGUCAAUGGCCUGCCUUAUGGCCUGUGUGCUGGCUGCAUGAGCAGGGGCACAAAUGGUCAGAGCCCAAGCCAGGGAGGAGCUGCCACGCCCGGGGACACGCAGGGAGAGAAGGCCAUGGCCGGGCUGAGGUGUCCAGAGUGUGGGGUGAAGUUUGAAACCCUGGAAGACUUGGAGAGUCACGUCCAGACAGAUCACCCCGAGGUCAGCCCUGAAACCAGUGCAGCAGGAAAGAAGGCUGAGGCUUCACCUGCACCGAAGAAAAAGACCUACCAGUGUAUUAAAUGCCAAAUGACGUUUGAGACAGAGAGAGAGAUCCAGAUUCACGUCGCAAAUCACAUGAUCGAAGAGCCCACCUGUCGGCAAGAGGAGGGCAUCAAUCACGAGUGCAAGCUGUGUAACCAGAUGUUUGAUUCACCUGCCAAGCUGCUUUGCCACCUGAUAGAGCACAGCUUCGAAGGCAUGGGAGGUACCUUCAAGUGUCCCGUCUGCUUCACAGUGUUUGUGCAGGCCAACAAGCUCCAGCAGCACAUUUUUGCCGUACAUGGCCAGGAAGACAAGAUCUACGACUGUUCCCAGUGUCCGCAGAAGUUCUUCUUUCAGACAGAGUUACAGAACCACACACUGAGUCAGCACGCGCAGUGAGACCGAGGCCCGGCAGGAUCUCUCGGCUCAGCCGGGGCCCCCGACCCGGAGCCGGCAGGGGACCCCCAUCUCCACAUCACAGCCAAUCAAAGUGUCAUUUGCUACUCACAUGUAAAACUCUAACGAUCGCGCCACUGGGCGCGGCUAUUAGGAGCAGCGGGGGAAAGGAAUAUUAAUGGGAUAUGCUAUUAAAUAAAGAAAGGAAAAAGUGGGUGAGAGAA